UCUGCUCCAUCUAGACCAGCUCACUGCCCACUCCGGGCCCACCAGGACUCCCAUAGCCCCUGCAAGAGCCACAGCCCACUCUGCCAACAUGUCCAAGGUAGCCAAGUAUCGCCGGCAGGUGAGUGAAGACCCCGAUAUCGACAGCCUGCUGUCCACCCUGUCUCCCGAGGAGAUGGAGGAGCUGGAGAAGGAGCUGGACGUGGCGGAUCCAGACGGGAGCAUCCCUGUGGGGCUACGGCAGAGAAACCAGACGGAGAAACAGUCCACGGGCACGUACAACCGGGAGGCCAUGCUCAACUUCUGUGAAAAGGAGACCAAGAAACUGAUUCAGAGGGAGAUGUCCAUGGAUGAAAGCAAGCAAGCGGAGACCAAGACAGAUGCCAAGAACGGAGAGGAAAGGGGCAGAGAUGCCAGCAAAAAAACCCUGAGCCCCAGGCAGGACUCAGACCUGGGGAAGGAGCCAAAGAGGGGCGUUUUAAAGAAAAGCUUCUCCAGAGACAAAGAUGAAGCUGAUGGUAAAGGUGGCGAGAAGCCCAAGGAGGAGAAACUCAUCAGGGGCAUCGACAAGGGCCGGGUCAGGGCUGCAGUAGAUAAGAAAGAGGCGGGGAAGGCUGGGGGCACAGAGGAGAGGCCCGCGGCCACGAGGAAGGGAGAGGAGAAGAAAGCGAAUGACAGGAGCCCAGGUCUGAGCGGAGACAAGGAGAAGAAAGAGGAGGUGAAGGAGGUAAGAAGGAGGGAGGAGCAGGAGAAGGCGAGAGGAGACAGGAGGGACACAGACACCAGGAAGCAGGAUGAGAUGGUGAAAAGAGGAGCUGGAAACACAGACCCGAAAAAGAAGGAUGAGAAGGUCAAAAAGGAUGAGGCCCGAAAGGAAAAGGAGCCCAAAGAGGAGAGCAGGACCCCAGCAAUGGAGACACAGGCCUCUGAGGGGCCUGCCAAGGCGGAGGAGGAGGCGGCUCCCAGCAUAUUUGACGAGCCCCUGGAGAGAGUGAAGAACAACGACCCCGAGACAACUGAGGUGAACGUCAACAACUCAGAUUGCAUCACCAAUGAGAUCCUGGUGCGCUUCGCCGAGGCUCUGGAGUUCAACACCGUGGUCAAGGUGUUCGCCUUGGCCAACACCCGCGCUGACGACCACGUGGCCUUCGCCAUCGCCAUCAUGCUCAAGGCCAACAAGACCAUCACCAGCCUGAACCUGGACUCGAACCACAUCACAGGCAAAGGCAUCCUGGCCAUCUUCCGGGCCCUGCUGCAGAACAACACGCUGACCGAACUCCGCUUCCACAACCAGAGACACAUCUGCGGCGGGAAGACGGAGAUGGAGAUUGCCAAGCUGCUCAAGGAGAACACCACCCUGCUCAAGCUGGGCUACCAUUUCGAGCUGGCUGGGCCCCGCAUGACCGUCACCAACCUGCUCAGCCGCAACAUGGACAAGCAGCGACAGAAGCGGCUGCAGGAGCAACGGCAGGCCCAGGAGGCCAGCGCAGAGAAGAAAGGUCUGCUGGAGGUGCCCAAGGUCGGGGCCCUGGCCAAGGGCUCCCCCACUCCCUCACCCCAGCCAUCUCCAAAGGCCUCUCCCAAGAACUCACCCAAGAAAGGGGGUGCUCCAGCGGCCCCACCUCCGCCUCCACCUCCCCUGGCCCCACCCCUCAUCAUGGAGAACCUGAAGAACUCACUCUCACCAGCCACCCAGAGGAAGAUGGGAGACAGAGUCCUCCCUGCCCAGGAGAAGAACUCCCGGGACCAGCUCCUGGCCGCCAUCCGCUCCAGCAACCUCAAGCAGCUCAAGAAGUUAAGCAGCAGGGCUGGGGCCGGGUCCGGGCUGGGAGGAGAGGGCAGGGCUGCACAUGCAGGGAAGGUGGAGGUUCCCAAACUGCUUCAGUAG